AAUGUUAAUUCAGAUUCCUGGUCAGAAUCUCAAAGAAUUCACUUCCUCAAUUUGAAUUUAUUUCCUCAAAACAUCAUUACUCAAUGAUCUCUUAGAUCUCUUUUGCUUCAAUGUCUAUGGUUCUCACGCUCUCUUAGUAUUUUUAUAAUGCUAGAGCUCUGCUACUGGGGAAGCUUUUUCAGCAAAACAUUAUAAAGCUGAAAAAAAAAAAAAAAAAAAGGAAACCAAAACUGCAACUCAUUUAUCACCUUAUUGUUGUCUUCCAGGGAUUAAGAGUGGAAAAAACAUGGUCCAACUCUACCUCUGGUUCGCAGGCCUCUUUCUUCUGUUCAUGGAGGCAAGAACUGCCAGAGAGAACACUGACCCAAUAAUGGUGAUGGGGAUUCUGGGAGAGUCAGCUAUUCUACCUGCAGAAAUACCACCUAGAAAGAAACUUGGGAGCAUUAACUGGUCUUCCCGUACACCUGUUGCUGUUGUACAGCUAGAUCCAGGAACAUCAUUCAAACUUAUUAUAACCCAUCAAAAUUAUGUGGGACGGCUGAAUGUCACAUCCUUGAAUUACGAUUUAAAGAUUAGCCCCCUGAAGAUGGAGGAUGCAGGAAGCUACAGAGCUGACAUAAAUCUUCAGACCAAUACAGCUACCGCCAUCACUAUCACCAAGAAUUAUUCGCUGCAUGUCUACAGACGACUGGCACCACCAAAAAUUACUAGGAAUUCCAUAAUCUCUAAGAACAACAUCUGUAAUAUUACUCUGACAUGCUUUGUAGAGGAGGGAGGAGAAGCUGUGAAGUACCAGUGGACCCCUCUGGAAGAACAAGCUAUUGAGUCCAAUGGGAAAUCCAGUCUUUUCAUCUCCCGAAUAUCUGAGGAUGCUCACAUAAAUUUUACCUGUAUAGUCACAAACCCAGUCAGCAACAAUUCUGAAUCCAUACUUAUUCAUCUCUGUGCAGAUUGCCUUUCAGGUACUUUUGAUCCUUCCUGCUGCGUACUCGUGUCUGUCUUGGUAAAGCUGGUUCUCUUCAGUUUGGCUGGAGUGGGUUUUUACCUAUGGCCCAAGAUAAAACAAGGAAUCAAAUUUAAUUGCUAUUGUAAUUUCCCUUUUGCUUCUACAGAGGAGGCAAGAACUGCCAGAGAGAACACUGACCCAAUAAUGGUGAUGGGGAUUCUGGGAGAGUCAGCUAUUCUACCUGCAGAAAUACCACCUGGAAAGAAACUUGGGAACAUUAACUGGUCUUCCCGUACACCUGUUGCUGUUGUACAGCCAGAUCCAGGAACAUCAUUCAAACUUAUUAUAACCCAUCAAAAUUAUGUGGGACGACUGAAUGUCACAUCCUUGAAUUAUGAUUUAAAGAUUAGCCCCCUGAAGAUGGAGGAUGCAGGAAGCUACAGAGCUGACAUAAAUCUUCAGACCGAUACAGCUACUGCCAUCACUAUCACCAAGAACUAUUCGCUGCAUGUCUACAGACGACUGGCACCACCAAAAAUUACUCGGAAUUCUAUAAUCUCUACGAACAACACCUGUAAUAUUACUCUGAUAUGCUUCGUAGAGGAGGGAGGAGAAGGUGUGAAGUACCAGUGGACCCCUCUGGAAGAACAAGCCAUUGAGUCUAAUGGGAAAUCCAGUCUUUUCAUCUAUCGAAGACCUGAGGAUGCUCACAUAAAUUAUACCUGUACAGUCACAAACCCUGUCAGCAACAAUUCUGAAUCCAUACUUGUUCAUCUCUGUGCAGAAACAACAUCACUUUCUAGUCUCCGCUGGUCAAUCCCUGUGCUUUCUAGUAUAGUACUGAUUGUAGUUGGGACAUGCUUUUAUCUUCAACACAAGAAAAAAAAAGAUGCUGAUUCACUACCCAUUUCCCAGUCAAAGAAUCUUCCUGAAGAUAACCAAGUCUAUGAUGAACUCAGCAUGCCCACUCUAAUUGUUUCCAAUCAGAAGAAAGAAGCCCCAAAUACAAUUUAUUGCACAGUGCAGAACCCCCAAAAGAUGGAAAAUUCUUAG